CGCUGCCUAGCAUCUUUAAUUCUGAAAUUCAUCUUUGUGUGUGAUAUUCUACGUAUUAAAAGUGGCGUUUCUUGAAAAUGUAAUUGAAGAAAGUGGUACUAUAAAUUUAUAAAUCACUUAUUAUCUUUGUUUGGAUGAGUCGUUGCUUGUAUUUAGUUCACUAAUUAUUCAUUAGAAGCGAAACAAAUCUAUUUGUUAAAGGACAAAAUCUGCUCCAAUAAAGGCCAAGCUAACUUGUUUUUAUGACCGGUGAUUCGUUGUCCAUUGGUGGUAGAUUUCCAUAGCCAAUCAAGAAAGGACCACUGCUCUUCUGCCAAUAAAUCAUAUAUUAUAUUAAAUGGAGCAGUUUCAAGUAGCUUCAAGUGGAGGAGCUGUUGUGUCUCAGGCUGGCACUCAAGUUGCUGUAGCAGGUGGGGGAGGAAACAAUGAACAAGUUGCUGUAAUGCAAGGCUUACAAUCUGCUGUGCAAGUUUCUGGUGCACAAGUUGCACAACUUUCGCCACAAGCACAGGUCUUGCAAGUUGCCAGUGCAGCCAAUGGUCAACCAAUUAUGGUACAAGGUUUACCUCAAGGUCACACAAUUCAAAUCCAAAGUCAACCUGGACAACAGGUGCCUCAGAUUCAAGUUAUUCCCAUUGGCUCGUUAUCUGGACAACAAGGUCAACCUCAGCAAAUAAUUAUACAACAACCUGGACAAAGCCAGAUUCUUCAAACUUCAGAUGGACAAACUCUUGUUUACCAGCCUGUUACAAUUGAUGGAACAAACUUCAUGCAAACUCAAGGAGGUAUUAUACAGAUACCAUCUGUUUCUGUAGCUGCUCCUGCUCCACAAGUUGUUCAAACUGCAACCACAACUGCUGCUAGUCCAACUCCCCAAACAAUUACAAUUCCUUCUAAUGUUCCUCAGGGCAAUAUUGUGAUGCAAGUUGUGCCUAAUGCUGCUGGAAUUAACACUGUUCAACGAAUACCAUUACCCGGUGCUGAACUGUUAGAAGAAGAACCACUUUAUGUCAAUGCAAAGCAAUAUCAUCGAAUUUUAAAAAGAAGGCAAGCCAGGGCUAAACUAGAAGCUGAAGGUCGUAUACCUAAAGAAAGAAGGAAAUAUUUACAUGAAUCCAGACAUCGUCAUGCUAUGAACAGAGUCAGAGGAGAAGGCGGACGGUUUCAUUCUGGAUCUUCCAAAGAAGAAAUGUUAAUGCACCAUCAUCACCACUCUAAACUCUCCCAAGAUUCUCAAACUAACACAGAUUCUGAUGGACUUGGUGGAGGGAAUGGCAUGUCAGAUUUAUCAGGAUUAGAUUGGAAUUAUAAAGCUGGCGAAGUUGUGAAAGUUGAAAUCUGGGAUGCAUCUGAAAGUGGAAAAAAAAUUAAGAAUGCCAGAAUAAUUGCUGCUAACCUACUUCCAGAAGAAUCAAAUUGAUUGUGCAUGUCACAUUGACUUUUUAACAUAUGACAACCAAAAGUGUAAUUUCGGUCUUCAAGGUGAAAGAUAGGAACUAAUUUAUUUGACGAAUAAAUUUUUUUUUUUUUUUGUAAUGUCGUUGAUGUAAAGAACUUGAACUGAUUUAGUAUGCAAUUUCAUACUAGUUUAAAAAUCUCGUAACUGUUGCAUAUCAUUCCAUGUUUGAGUGAAUUGCAGUGAUAUAUAACUACAAUAGUGAGAAAUUAUGAUACACGUUUUAGGUGUAUUUACUUUUCAUGGCAAUAAAUUUUUCAAUUGUGGUUUUUGAAUGGGAUUGAUAAAUCUUCUGAUGAUUUUUUUCCAUGUGUUUAUUUUAAAUUAAAACUUUUUUUAUGUAACUUAGAUUGUAAUGCAUAGCUGCCAACUCUACUGGAUUUAGUCAAUUUUCUGCAAAUCUUCUGGUUUAAAUCAAGAAUUUACUUUUAGAAAAUUACCUAAAAAAUUUUAUUGUUUAGGAAUAUUUUUAUUGUUGUUGAAUAUUUUUAUUGUUUAGGCGAGAAUUUAAAGCAGGUAAAAUUACUAAAUAAAAUGAGACUUAAGUUUUUUUUGUUUCUUAAAUUGUGUUUUAACUGUGAUAACAUGAUGCGUUUGAAAAUAUAAUGAACAGAAUAUACUUAAGUGGCUUUAAAUUUGUAUUUAAUGUAAUAGACUUUAUUUAUGUGUACAUAAUAUUUCCUUAUUGCAGUUAUUUUUUAAAAAAAUCCUUACAUAUGUGAAAUAUUUUGCGCAAUGUUCGGCAUUUUUUCUCUCAAGUUGGCAGCUAUGUAUUUUUUUUAUUUAUUGAAAGAUUGGAAAUUUUAUAUAUAUUUUAUUGUCCAAAGAAAUAGUGUUUGUUUUAUUCUGAAUCUAAAGUAAACUAUGGCAUCAAUUAAGUCACUUUGUUGAUGUAAUAUACAAAUUUGUUCGAGAUAGUUUACUUAAUAUAAUAUUUCAUUUUAAUUUUUCAAAUGGAUUCAUGUUUUCUAAAAUCCGACGUGCUUGUAUUGACGUUUAAAAAUAUAUAUAUAUAUUUUGGUAAUAUCUUGAAAACAGAACAAUUUUCACAGUUUUCAAGGUGCUUAAAGACGUAACAAAUCUUAAACAUGAACAUUUAUAACUUGUAAAUUGUAAAAUAGUUUUCCUAAUAUUAGGUAUUUUCUAUGGUAACUUACGAAGAUUUUGUUUCUCUGUAAAAUAGUUGCUGUUAAUAAGACAAUAGUCUCGAUUAAUACGCUUAAAUCAAGCCAAUUUAAUACUAAAAGUUACACAUUUCUAACUUUAAUAACCACAUUUGUCAGCUUGUAUGAUUGAACCUUUAAAGACAGUGCAUUAAUUUCUGUGUAAUUUUUGAAAAUAAUCUUUUUGUGUUACUAAUAUUUUCUGGCGGCUACUCAUCGAAAAUUUGAAAAUCUUCUCUCUGUGCUUAAAGCUUGAUUUAAACAAUUUUAUUUAUGUGUUACUUGCCUAAUUUUAAAACUUUGACAAAUUACUUCUGUUCAUGCUUUUCCUUUUAGUAUAUAGUAUUGAAAUAAAAGCUGUAACUAUAAUUGUGGAAAGUUGUUUUUUUCCCCUUUAAAAAGGAAAGUAUGUAUAAAUUAAAUUCCAGUGCCUUUUUUUUUUUUUAAAUCUAUGUAUUGGUGAAAAUUAAAGUAAUAAAUGUGUGCCCAUUUGAAGUUAUAAUGUUUUUAGUAACGUUUUAAAAGAACAACAAAAAAAUGAAGCUUAUUGCUAAAUUGUUCAUGCACUACCCUAUAAUAAUUGAAGAGACUCUUUCAGUUUUUGAUAUCAUUUUUUAUGGGUUUUAUCUUAUAACUUAAAGGUGUUCAAAUCAAACGAGUUUUGGUACUUAUCUAUAAAAUACCGAGGUUUGGGGAACCAUUAAUAAAUUACGAACAAAAAAAGUGUUUUUAACACCUUAUAUCUAAAUGUGCACACUAGGCCUAGGAACUGAAAGUGUCUCUUCAAUUAUUAUGGGCUAGUUUAUUUCAGUUUUUAGUGAACAAAUGGUUUUUCCAGUGUCUUUUGAAUUUCAACUGUUUCAUAAACACAAACUUCUAAGAUUUUCUUAACUAAUUGAUAGUUUUAACUGUUUAAUAGAGAGUUGUUUAAUGAUCGACAUGCUGAACAGUGCAAAAUAAAAAAAAUUUUGACAUUCUUUAAUUUUAAGCAUUUGUCUAAAAGUUAAUGGUAUUUGUAAUAUAUUUUGUAUGAAUUAUAUGUGAAAAGUUUAAAAAUGUGUAUCUUUUCAUGUUAGAAUGUGUUAAUAGCUAAACGAUAGAAGUUUUUUUUUGUAAAUAUUUUUCUUUAAAGCAGAGCAUUGGUAACUGCAAAAUAUAAUGAGAAAAAGAAACACCAUUUGUAAUAUAAUCUCCUUGUAAAUAAAAUUGUUUUAAAAA